AUGGCACGUAAAAGUCGUGGAGGAACAAGAACAGCGCCUAAAACUUCUAAAGCACCUACCCAACAAAAAAGACAAGCUUCAACUCUUCCCGCUCGCCCAGUCCAACCUGCUUCGAAUGUACCAGCAAACGUACAAAAACCCCCACAAACUUUACCUAAUCAAAAGCAACCUGGUUUAUUUGGUCAGAUGGCAUCUACUGCAGCUGGUGUUGCUGUUGGUCACAGCAUUGGGCAUGGUAUCACAUCACUUUUUACAGGUGGUGGUUCAUCAGAAAUACCUGCACCACAGGAGUCUAACCAACAAUCUAUUCCAGAGCAAACACAAUAUCAAACUUACUCUACAGAAACAACUAGCAGAAAUCCAGGAGUUAUUACUUGUGAAAAUGAUGCAAAAGCCUUUACUAAAUGUUUAGAACAAAAUAAUCAUGAUACUAGUCUUUGUCAAUGGUAUUUGGAAAACUUAAUAAAUUGUCAACAAAUGGCUUCAAAAUAUUAG